AUGCUCUUUAGAAGAUUAUUAAGUGGUAGAAAUAAUAAUAUUAUUAAUAAUUGUAUAAAGUCAAUCAAUCAAAAUAAAUCAUCAAUAUUAUUAUUAAAUAAUAAAUCACCAAAUUUUAAUUAUAAUUUUAAUUUUACAACUACAACUACAACUACAACAUUAUCAAGAUUUAAUAUCGUAGGUCCAAAUUUAGAAAAAAAUAUGGAAAAUAAAGAAAAAAUUCGUAAUGGUUUAGAAGAAUUAAUGAAGAGACGUUUCUUCAUUACCCCAGCUUUUCAAAUUUAUAGAGGUGUUGCUGGUCUUUAUGACUAUGGUCCACCAGGUUGUGCUGUCAAAGCUAAUCUUAUCAAUUAUUGGAGACAACACUUUGUUUUAAAUGAAGAUAUGUCAGAAGUUGAUUGUACUUCAGUUACACCAGAAAUUGUUUUAAAAACAUCAGGUCAUGUUGCUAAAUUUUCAGAUUUUAUGGUUAAAGAUGAAGUUACUAAAUUAUAUUUCAGAGCUGAUCACGUUUUAGAAGGUCAUAUCGAAAAAUUAUUAUUAGAUACAAAAUUAACUGAAGAUAAAGUUAAAGAGCUUAAACACGUUUUAACCAAAGCUGGUGAUUACAAUCAACAAGAAUUAAAAGAAGCUUUAGUUAAAUAUAAUGUUAAAGCACCAGAAACAGGUAAUGCUCUUUCAGAUCCAUAUCCAUUCAAUUUAAUGUUCAAAACCGAAAUUGGUCCAUCAGGUAAUAACCCAGGUUAUCUUCGUCCAGAAACUGCCCAAGGUAUCUUUGUUAACUUUGCCAAAUUAUAUGAAUUCAAUGGUAAGAAACUUCCAUUUGCCGCUGCUCAAAUUGGUAAUGCUUUCAGAAAUGAAAUUGCUCCACGUUCAGGUCUUCUUCGUGUAAGAGAAUUCACCAUGGCCGAAAUUGAACACUUUGUCAAUCCAAAUGAAAAGACUCAUCCAAAAUUCCAAGAAGUUGCCAACGAUAAAGUUUUCCUCUUAUCAUCAGAAGCUCAAGAUACCACCAAAGAAAUCAUCGAAACCACUUUUGGUGAUGCUGUUUCAAAAGGUUUAAUCGAUAACGAAACUCUUGCCUACUUUAUGGCUCGUACUCAACUCUUUUUACACACUGUUGGUAUUAAACCAGCUGGUCUUCGUUUCAGACAACAUCAAAGAAAUGAAAUGGCUCAUUAUGCUAAAGAUUGUUGGGAUGCUGAAAUCCUUACUACCUAUGGUUGGAUUGAAUGUGUUGGUCAUGCCGAUCGUUCAUGUUACGAUUUAACUGUUCACGCCAAUGAAUCUAAAGCUAAUCUUACUGUCUAUGAAGAGUUCAAAGAUGGUCCAAAGAUGAUCGAUAUUGCCGUCAUCGAUGUUAAAAAACAACUUAUGGGUAAACAAUUUAAACAAGCUGCCAAAGCUCCAAUGGAAUAUUUAGCUGGUCUCAAAGAUAAAGUUGAUGAAGCUAUGCAAAUUCAAGAAGCUCUCAAUACCACCGGUUCAUAUGUCCUCAAUAUCGAUGGUCAAGAAUUCACUCUUACCAAAGAAAUGGUUACCAUCACCAAAGGUCAAGAAAAGAAAAGUGGUAAAAAUUAUUACCCACACGUUAUCGAACCAUCAUUCGGUUUAGGUCGUAUCAUUUAUGCUCUUCUCGAACAAAACUAUUGGACCAGAGAAAAUGAUGAACAAAGAGGUGUUUUAUCCCUUCCAGCCAUCAUUGCUCCAGUUAAAGCUUCCAUUUUACCAUUAACCAACAGCGAAAAACUUGUUCCAUUCGUCGCUAAAAUCUCCAAACUCCUCAAAGAAGCUGGUAUUUCCACUAAACUUGAUGACACUGGUAAUGCUAUUGGUAGAAAAUAUGCUCGUACUGAUGAAAUUGGUAUUCCAUUCGGUAUUACUAUCGAUUUCACCACCGUUGAAGAUGAAACUGUCACUCUUCGUGAACGUGAUACCACAAAACAAAUUCGUAUCCCAAUUACUGACUUGGCUCUCACCCUUAAAAAACUUUGCGAUAACACUGUUUCAUGGAGUGACGUCUCAAAAACUUUCCCAGCUUAUGAAUCUCAAUCAGAAUAA